GGGAUUGAAUUGUCCUAAACAUAGCAAGAAUAGCGUGUGCUUGGUUGAUGCGAAACGCCUUUACGUUUAGCUGUCACUGAGGCUGUUCUUACUUCUUACACCACCCCAAUACACUUUAAAAGCAUCAUUAUUAAGGUUACCACUUUACGAGUGCUUCAUAUGCUAUAUAGUUCAUGCCAUUGCCCCCAACACUAUUUAAGGAUCUCACACACACAUAUAUAUAUAUGGCCAUGGUCCUUAAGAGUGAGUAUAUAUAGUUUCUAGCAAACUAAUAUCGAUCAAUCUAUUUAUCUAUUUGCGUGUGUUUUCGGUGAGCGAUGGAGAAUUGGAGGGGUGCUCGGAUGAUGGUGGUGGCGAGUGCGGUGGCGAUGGGGUGGCUUUCGGUGGUGGCCAUGGGAAGUCCGGUGCUUCACAAGGUGGGAGGGUCCAAAGGUUGGAUCAAUCAAGACGUGAACUACACUGAAUGGUCUGCUCAAGAGCAUAUCUAUGUUGGGGAUUGGCUCAUCUUCAAGUUCGACAAACGAUACUUCAACGUUCUGGAGGUGAACAAGACAAGCUACGAGAACUGCAUAGACAGAGACUUCAUAAAAAACAUCACUCGAGGUGGUCGUGAUGUGGUGCAAAUGACGGAGGCAAGGACCUACUACUACCUCUCCGGUGGAGGUUACUGUUUUCAUGGCAUGAGAGUGGCCGUGCAAGUUCAACAAGAGGACCAAGAUCCGGCACUCGCAAUGGCGGCGCCACCGGCUCCGUCCCCCGUCGCGUAUGGUUCUUCUUCUCCCUUGCCCUCGGUGUGCACAUGCAUUUGGAUCAUCAUUGUUGCUAAUGUUGUGGUUUUUGUGAAUUAGGUUUUAAUAUAAUGGACAUUUUGUAAGUGAUUGGUGAUGGUGCUUUGUUUUUGUUCAAAGUUAAAAUGGCUUAAUUAGAUAUUAUAUAUUGUUGGUUACUUUUUUUU